AUGACCUCCAGCAGUGAUUAUUCUUCUAGCACUUCUGACGAGGAUUCCAGGAUUCCUUUGCCCAAAGCACGUGCCAAUAUGGAUCAUGAUAAAAAGAUAAUAAAUAGCAUGUCCCUCGAUGAGCUGAAAGCUGCUCGCGAUGAACUCUUGAAGAAGAAAAAAAGGGAAGAGAUACUUGAUGAGUAUCGAGAGAAGAGACGCAGAAUUCAACGGAAAACACUAGAAGCCGAGGAGAGACUCCGAUCCCGUCCUUAUGGUGUAGCCUCAGAUUCAGAUGCUGAAGAGGAAGAAGAGGAACUUGUAUGGGAUCUAACAGAGCACAAAAAUGGCGAUGUCGAAGAAGAAUUCCUUGAUGAUUCAGACAGUGAUUCCGAGAAAGAGUCCGGAGAGGAUUCCUUAGAGGAUGAUGAUGAUAACGAUGACGACGAAUCGGAUGCCUCUGACGAUUAUCAUGGCUCAUAA